AGCCCUCGAAACUCCCCCAAUAUGCUACCAAACCAACACUUUCCAUUUCCCUUUCACUUUUUCAAUCGAAUAAACAAUCACCUCAUAGCAUAACCAUGCCAUUAAUUGCCUUCUUCGGCGCCACCGGCGGAAGUACGAUCUCGUGCUUGGCUCCUGCGUUAGAAGCGGGAUAUCAUUGUACUGCGUUGGCUCGCUCCCGCUCUAGACUGAUUGACAGUUUGGUGCAGCGUGGCCUAUCCGAAUCUACUAUCAGAGACCAUCUCUCUGUCACCGAGGGUAUGGUUACGGAUAUAGAUGCCGUCAGCAAAACCAUCCUGCCCGGUGGAAAUGGUACUCCAAUGGCCGACAUCAUCAUCUCCGGAAUCGGCGGCAAGAUGCUUUUCGACAACCCACUGAAACCAACGCUGGAUAACCCAACAAUCUGCCAGGACGCUAUUCGUACGAUCCUGGCUGCUGCACGACAAGCAGCACCGCCUUCGGAGAGCAAUAAAAAGCCAACACUGAUAGUGCUUAGCACCACGGGAAUCAGCGACAAACGGGACUUGCCAUUUGCCAUGAUGCCGCUCUACCACUGGAUGCUCAAAGCCCCGCACGAGGACAAGAAGGUCAUGGAGACAUUGAUUAGGGAUGAGAUGGCUACGGCUGUUGAAAAGCGUGGGAUUGGGGAAUAUAUAAUUGUGCGGCCGAGUUUGUUGACUGAUGGGGAGGGGGAUGGGUUGGGAAAGGUUAAGGUUGGAGUUGAAGAGGAUCCGGCUGUGGGGUAUGCGAUUGCGAGGGAGGAUGUGGGGAGGUGGGUUUUUGAAAGGUUGGUUAGGGGGGAGUGGAAGGGAGGUGGUAGUGGGAGUGGGAGGGUUGUUAGUAUUACUACUUGAUUUGACUCUGGAUUGGAAUAGAUUUUACGGAUUGAGUGUAACUUAUAACUUAUUCUGUCAUUUUACG